ACAUGGUUUAACUUCCCCGAAAACCCCUCAAAUACUCCUUGAAUAUCCCCAUCAUUCUUUAUAACUAAAAACCAAAAAGUAAAACUUUUCAAGAAAUAUUUAAAAAAGUAGCCCCUAUAUAUAUGUGAUGUGAAUAUACAUUCAUGUUAUGUUUCUAUGUGUUAGGAACAAGAAGAUUAAUUACCAGUUCAACAACAAGAAGAAGAAUAGUACUUAGUUUUUUCUUGAAGUUUGUGAGGUUGUAAACUGUGGUUUCCUAAUUGGGUACGUUAGAAGGUGAAGAACUCCAAACACUUCUUUAUCAAAUUUUCUUCUCUUUCUUCAAGUUCUGCAACAAUCGUGGAUUAUACAAAAAUGGAGAAUAUGAGUGAAGAAAAGGGGUUUAAGGAAAUUUGUGUUUCUGAUCAUAUAAAUGGAUUGCAGUACGCAAGCACAAAAUCAGAUAGCUUUGUUGUGGACAUGGAACGUUUUUCUCAUAUCAUAGAGAAAGAUAUAAAUUCCAAUUCAAGAAUUACUUUGCAGAGAAACCUUUCAAGGAAAGGAUCAUUUCGAAGCGGCGAGAGGAAAACAUAUUCAAAUGCUGCCAAUGAGAAAGACACUAAUUUCACGGCAAGUUCCCCUAGAGCUUCAUUGCUAGGAGGAGGUAUUAGCACGCCAGAAAAGCCCAUGGCAUCGACUAUUGUGGGAACUACUUAUCAACCUACCCCACAAACCCAUAAUCAGAUCACUAUAGUGGCCGGCCAUGGCGGCGCCACCGCCACCGAAAGCAAGAUUAGUGGGAGGAGAUUCAGUUUCCGACGCACUUCUUCCACUUCUAAUUGGUCCAUUGAUCCUAGGAGGAUCCUUCUCUUCUUUGCUACCUUGUCAAGUAUGGGAACAAUACUAUUGAUCUAUUUUACAUUAUCCAUAGCCAAGCUCAAUGGAGAAGACAGUGCUCUUAAUGGAUGAUAUAGACACGAAAGGAAAAAGGAAGCAAUGAAUGAAUGGAAAGAACAAUGCACUAGUUCUAACUCAGAAGCCUGUGUAAUGUAGAUGCAGAAGAGACAAAAUCAACAUAAUUUGAUUACGAAUUUUAACAGAGUUUAGCAGAAACAUCACAAGAUGGUGGAACAGAGAAAGAAGUAUAAAGGGGGCAGUCAAAAAGAGCUAAAACUACAGAUAGAACUUCCAUUAUAGCAGAGGUUCAGAAGACAGAAUGUAUCACUUUCAUCAGGCUGCCUUUUGCUGUAAGACAAGAAUAGAAAGCAUUGUGACAAAGAUUUGCAUCAUUCUACAGCAAUGAGUGGCAGAGAUCAGAAAGACUUGAGUACCUUUUCUUUGUUAGGUUCUCUUUUUGUAACAUUUGGCUGAGUUUAGUGGAGAACCACAUGUUUACCUUUUGCUAUCUU